AUGGCCGCCCAACUGACCUCCCACGUGCGACUUCUUACGGUUUACAGCAAAGACGAGUCCGAUCAAUCUGGCCCCGACACCUUAACGCCUCUCAUCACCCCAGACUUACUCACCGGCGGCUCUUCCAAAUUUACCCACCCCCAAGAAGCAAUGUUCAUACAAAGAAGCAAUGUUCAAGAUUUCAACAACCAUCAAACCAAUCAAACAGUGUCCUCCUCCUCCUCCUCCUCGUCGCCGCCCUCGCCGUCGCCGAGGAGUAAUUAUCAGAGUGUUUGUACUUUGGACAAGGUGAAGUCGGCACUCGAACGGGCUGAUAAAAAUCCCAUCAGAAAACGCUCGUCGCUGUGGAAAUCGUCACCGUCGCCGUCGUAUUCCUCCUCAUCGUCGUCAGCGAGAGAGUUUCAGGAACAAGACAACUUUAAUAAAUCUCUGUCGUCAUCUUCCUCGGCGGCGGCUCAGAUCGCCGUGGGCUGCCCUGGGUGUUUGUCGUAUGUGUUGGUUAUGAAGAACAAUCCGACGUGUCCACGGUGUAGGUCCGUCGUGGCGUUGCCGGCGGAGAAGAAACCUCGGCUUGAUCUCAACAUUUCGAUUUGAAUCCAAGAGGAGGAAAGGAAAAGUAUUUUUAAUAUUUUUUAAUUAUAUGUAAAAAAGAAAAUUGCAAGAAGGAAAGGUGGGAUUUCAAUAGAUCAUAACAACAUUUCUAAUAU